GCCUUUCUCUGUGUUUUCUUCAAUGGCAGAUGUUGUUAUUUCACUUGGCUUCUCUUCUUCACUGUUGACCUCGUUCUCGUCGCCCUACAAUUCCCUCCAACAGGACCUGCCAUUAAAUCAGAAAUCGCAUAAGAGGCUUCUUUUCUCUGUUGCCGAUUCUUCUACUGGUGCUCAUUUUUCCUUCAGACCCAGAAAGCAAUUGCUCUCUUUCAAGGAUGUUGUGCGGAGAUGGUUCAAAUUUCAUGAUUUCUUGGCUGAUCUGGUACAUGCAACUAUUGCCGAAACUGACCAGCCAAAAUGGUGGGAAAGAAAUGCAGGACCAAAUAUGGUUGACAUACAUUCUACACAAGAAUUUUUAAGUGCCUUAAGUCAGGCUGGAGAUAGACUAGUUAUUGUUGAUUUUUAUGGAACUUGGUGUGCUUCUUGCCGAGCAUUAUUUCCCAAGCUUUGCAAAAUUGCUGAACAACACCCUGAAAUCUUAUUUCUGAAAGUAAAUUUUGAUGAGAAUAAGCCAAUGUGCAAAAAUUUGAAUGUCAAGGUGCUUCCUUUUUUCCACUUCUACCGAGGAGCUGACGGACUUCUGGAAUCUUUUUCUUGUUCACUUGCCAAGUUUCAGAAAAUAAAGGAUGCUAUUGAAACACACAAUACUGUUCCGAAGGACAAAGAAGCAGGGUCUUAUUCCACAUAAAGUAUUGUUUUGACUCUCCCGUCUAUAAUGGGCGAAUCCUUCCAUGCUUGUCAUGCAGAAAUGUUUUGUAUAUUUGCGUUUUUAUUUGUAGGCAGAGGGUGUUAUGAUGCUGCAUUAUUUCUCAUUAUUGAUCCGGUUGUAAUAUAGUAAUAAUCUUAUUCUGAAUUUGUUAAAAAUGUAAUUUCCCAUCUGAGUUUAUCUAA